UGUGUGACUACACUCACUGCGAUUGGCGUUGGUUUGUUGAUUUUAGAUCUACUGUCGGCGAAUGUGGAGAACAACGUCACUAUUUAUGCCACUAGACCUAGUUCUAUUACUUCUAUAAUAGAAAGGUUAACAGCACCCAGCAGAAUAAAGUACUUACAAUAGUGUUAAUAUAGAAUUUGCACUAGACUAACUACAAUGACUCAAAAGUCGUAUGCAACAGGUUCUGCCUUUCCACCACUUAAACCUGGUGUGCUGCGACUAUAUAGCAUGAGGUUUUGUCCUUUCGCUCAGAGAACUCGUUUGGUCUUGGCACAUAAAAAUAUUCCCUUUGAAACCAUCAAUAUUCAUCUUUUAAAGAAGCCAGAUUGGUUUUUGGAGAAAAACCCUAAUGGCACAGUUCCAGUAUUGGAGCUAGAUAACAAGAUUAUCUAUGAGUCAACAGCUACUUGUGAAUGGUUGGAUGAUGUAUACACACAGAACAGACUCCAACCCACUGAUCCUUAUGUUAAAGCCUGGGACAGGAUUCUUUUAGAAUAUUUUGGCAAGGUGACUGGUGCAUUUUACGGUUUCCUGAAAAAUGCUAGUGAAAGAGAAACUCAUGUGAAAGACAUGCAGAAACAUUUCCAAUUUUACAAUGAUAUCUUAGUUAAAAGAGGUGGUCCAUAUUUUGGAGGCAAAAGUCCUUCAUUGAUAGACUUUUACAUCUGGCCUUUUUUUGAGAGACUUUCUGGUUUGGCUACUUUGGAUCCCAGAAUUGCUGUAGAUAAGAAAGCUUUUCCAAAGUUGGGAGCUUGGAAUGAUGCCAUGCUUCAAGUGCCUGCUGUGAAAUCUCUCCUGUGGGAUGGCAAAACUCACCUGCAGUUCUUGUCAUCCUAUGGGACUGGCAAUCCAGAUUUUGACAUGGGUUUGGAGGAAUAAAAAUGUCAACACUAUUCAAUAAUCAUUUUUACUUUUACAUGACUUUAGUACUUGUUUCAACAGUUUUUGUUCAUGCCUUAGACUAAUGUGGUAGCAUUUAUCCUUCCAAUGUUAAUCACCUGCUAGAAGAAUGAAGUCAAGGUGAUGUGAUAUUGUGAUAUUUAUAUUUUUAAAAUAUAUUUUUCUAUGUCCAGUGGAUCAAAAUUUAUUGAUGAAUUGCUUUUUUACAUUAUAUAAGGGUAUUUGCACAAUUUUUAUUUUUAGUUUUUAUACAAAUAUAUUUUUAUUAUGUUUCUGAGUGUAUACAGUAUACGUCAAUCAAUCUAUUAGCAUUUUUGUUUCGUUUUCAUUUCUAGUAGAUUGCAAUUUUUUGUCUAUGUGCUUACAUAUAUUUCCAUGUAUUUAAUAGAUUCUUUGUUCUACAUUGUUAUAAGCAACAACAACAAAGUUACUGCUAUGAAAUAAAAAUUUUAAAAAUCUUGGUA